AAUAUCAAUGGAUUUGUAUCAUCAGUAGACUUUGUUCGUGGAUCGGAUCAGUUUGAAUAAUGUUAUUGUAGUAAUUGAAUGAAUACUGAGUAUAAAAAUUUGAAUAACUUUGAGUAUGCCAGUGUAAGGUUUAAUAAAUGUAAUAAAAUAAAAAUAUGAGCUGCUCAAAUAACGUGGGGUACAUGCGCACAAAAUUUUAUUAUUCCUUGGGAUUAUAAAUUUAUUUAAUUUUUCGUAAUUUUUAGAAGAUAAUUUUAUUUUUUAUUUUUUAUAAAAUACUGCAUUAAAAUUGAGAACAGUCUCAGUGAUUGACUAUUGGAACCAUGAAGAUUUUUUCAUGGAUAUUAUUUAUUCAAGUUUUAGAAUUUGCAAACGGUAGUUUUAAAGUUGACACACAAGAUUUGAGAAUUCUUGUUGGUGAUAAUAAAUCAUUUGAAUUAUAUUUGACACACAAACUACCCGCUCAAGUAAAGGUAACUUUGAAUGUUCAACAUUCAUAUUUACUUGAGAUAGAACCUGUAGCAUUUAAUGUCACGGCGAAUGAAGAAAAUUUGCAUUGGAAUAUCAGUGUAUCAGGAUUUUCACCCGGUGCUUCUGUGAUCAGUACUAACGUUGCUCCCAAUAUUACAGAUUCUUCUACAGCAUUUGUAAGAGUGACAAUAGAAAGAUCAAGAGUAUUGAAUUAUUUGAGUAAGGCUGUAGGUUGGGUUUAUUUUUUAGCAUGGAGCUUUAGUUUUUAUCCACAAAUUUAUGAUAAUUACAAACGGAAAAGUGUAGUAGGUUUGAGUGUUGAUUUGUUUGCACUCAAUAUUGUGGGAUAUCUCACGUAUUCUCUAUUCAACUGUGGUCUUUAUUGGAUACCAGAAGUUGAUGCAGAAUAUUAUCGCCGGUAUCCGAGAGGGUUGAAUCCAGUACAAAGUAACGAUAUAUUCUUUGCAGUUCACGGUUUGUUGGCAUCAGCCGUCACUCUCGUGCAGUGUAGAAUUUAUGAAGCUGGCGCGCAAAGAGUAUCGAUGACCGCCGGAAUACUUAUUGGGUUAUUUACGAUAUCUACUGUAAUCUCAAUUGUUUUAGGGAUUUUUAAAAUAAUUGUAUGGCUAGAUUUCUUUUAUUUCUGCAGCUACAUUAAGUUAUUUGUUACAUUAAUGAAAUAUAUACCACAAGCAUAUUCUAAUUAUAAAAGAAAAUCUACUGUUGGCUGGAGUAUUGGUACUGUGAUCUCUGAUUUUACUGGUGGAAUACUUUCAAUGCUCCAAAUGAUCUUAGAUUCUUAUAAUUAUGAUGAUUGGGGAAGUAUUUUUGGUGAUUUCACGAAAUUCGGACUUGGUGUUUCUUCAGUUGCAUUUGAUAUACUUUUUUUUUUACAACAUUAUGCAUUCUACAGAUAUGAGCCCGAUUUGCUAAAAUCAAAUUCAUUUAUAAAUAUCUUGGCAUAAAGAUUUUUCAUGGAAACCUUUAAACUAAUGAUGGAAGGACAUCUUCUGGAACCUUUGAUGUCAGUUCUCAGGAUAGGAGUACCAAUGAUGCUUCAAAUUAUAAAUUUGUGAUUCAAAAACUGUUUUUAUACAUACAAUUUAAUUAUAUUAAUUCCAAAAUCAAUUUUAAUAAAAUGAAAAAAACGAUUAU